CAUAAUUGAAAAUAAAUAAAUAAUUUAGAUUUGAUACAGGUGGUUGGUCCUCCUCACCAGAGGGGGCGGUAGUGGUGUCCGGCUGCAGGGGACCGGAGGGAGAGGAGUGGCCGAGCUGGAUCUGUCGCCUGGCCGGCGUGAGGUGUAGCUGGUUAGCAAACUAGCUAGAUGGUGCUUCGCUGCUGCGGUACACGGAACAGAGAUCGGAGAGGGCAAUAGCUAAUGUUCAGAUAGCUAGCUAGUUAGAGUAGAUCCUGUGAGUUGCCGCCAUGGCUCUGUACGAAUAUGUCAGUCGGGAUCAACUGUCGGGCUUCGACAAGUACAAGGUAACGUUAAGAGAGACUGCUCUUCUAGCUAGUGGUUGACAAAGCGUGUAGCUGUUAGCAUGCUAACCUGGUUAGCUAGUGUUUGAUGUUAAGUAACACCACCAUCAUUAUCGGGUGCUGAACAUUCUGGGAAAUUCAUUUAUCUAACGUCAGCUCAUAUGGUUGGGUUCAUAUUGUAACUGGCAUAGACAAACUGGUUGUCUAUUAUUCGCUCUGACCGAUAAGCGACCUGUCAACAUCGGCUAACGUGACGUUAGCUAACUAGUUAGCUAGGUAGAAAGCGCCCGCUUCCCCUCGGGUUAGCCCGGCCACCCGCUAGUGGGCUUUACGGAGCUCCUGUCGUCUGGGCUUCAUACACACUCGUGGCCCCCGGCGACCGGUUCGUAAUAAUACAUUCUCCAUUCAGGCUGUAAAGACUUUUCCUCCUUAACUCUAUUUAAUGGCGAGAAGGCGGAAAAAACUGGGAAAAUAUGCCUACUUUCUUUGAAACAUUAAUUUCCACAACCAUUUCCCACCAGAAUACUACUUCCUGAUUAGCCAAGUAUGGAUAGCUGCAGCCCAAUAUGACGACCGGAGUAUGGGCGAGCUGGUGUGUCGAAAGGAGUGGGUUAUUGAAAAGCGAAUCAGGUAAUUGGGCAGAUUUGUUGGCACUCAAUGACGUUUUGCGUGGCAGAUUGGGCUGCUCGACGAGUUGAUAACUAAUAUUGAUAACCAUCUAGAUGUCACCUUAAUACAAAGUCUACUACUCAAUGGGUAGGGCAGGGCAUGAACGGCAACACCGGGACACAGUGCCCUUCGCUCCUACUUGACAAGAACUAAUGACCGGCAACGGCGUGGGAAGAAGCUACCUAACAGUAGCAGCCAAUAUUAGGGUGGCAGUCACAGUACGCACGCAUACAAUGCAUGAAGCAACAGUACACCCAUCAUAAAUACUUUUAAUCAAAAAUAAACAAUCUUCCGUUUUAUAACUGAAAAUGUACUCCAAACUCUCGCGGUAUGUUGCGUGGUAAGAAUAGGAAGGCCCCCCAGCCGACCCCUCGGCGCCCCACAGUUUGGGAGGCACUGGUCAAACCUAUGGCAGAGCGCUUUCGACACGCCCACUACUUUCCUUUCGACACGCCCACUCGCCCAUACUCCGGUCGCCAUAUUGGGAUGCAGCUAUCCCCUUGAGGAGGAGUCUACUGUGUCCUGAGGUGAAUUGACCAUACAUUUUCUGUAUUCAGGGUUCGCUCAAACAGCGUUUUAAGCUUUGUUUUGCUAUUGACAGUUACAACUGAUUUUGGGAUUGUAUAUCGAUUUACUCUCCAUAAAUGUCAUCUGAUUAAUUAAUUUCAGUCUCUGAAUUGUUUAAUCAAACUUUUUUUCCGUCAGCUCCUGAUAUCAGGGCGUAAAAACUACAAUCUGUCUCCUGAAUUAACCUAGUCUGCAUGUGCAACCAGCUGGCACACAUUUGCACUAGGCCCAGCUUGUUUUUCCCUGGCUUAACUAGCGGGCCCUGGCUUAACUAGCUGGCCCUGGCUUAACUAGCUGGCCCUGGCUUAACUAGCUGGCCCUGGCUUAACUAGCGGGCCCUGGCUUAACUAGCGGGCCCUGGCUUAACUAGCGGGCCCUGGCUUAACUAGCUGGCCCUGGCUUGACUAGCUGGCCCUGGCUUAACUAGCGGGCCCUGGCUUAACUAGCGGGCCCUGGCUUAACUAGCUGGCCCUGGCUUAACUAUCUGGCCCUGGCUAAACUAGCUGGCUAGUUGAACAAUGGUCGUUUUUGUCCUCAUUGCCAAACUUCAUAAAUACUGCACCCUCAACUUCAAAACUAAUUUUUCUAGUUAUACAAUCAUAAACUUGAAAAUGAUGUAUUGUUUUGUUGAAUAGUCAUUACUGGUUCGAGAUAUGUCGACAGAUGAUGGUGGCGAAGAAUAUAAUUGCUCCUUAACGUGGAUCCAAGUUCAGUUUUGAGAUAUGUAUACAGUCUUGUACCCUUAAUCUUCUUUCAACUGACUGUCGUAUUUGUUAAUUAAAUCAGACUUUAUUCAUAUAAUGAGUAAUCCAGGAAUGUCACAAGUUACUUGACACAAGAAAAUAGCAACUACGGAUCGCAAUGACUACAAUGAAUGGCUAAAUUACUUCCUGACACUAAGGGUCCACAGAGCUCCUCCUCCUCACCACUCCAUAUCGAGGAUGAGUUGAGUUUUCAUAACUGGUCGCGGUAUUUGCUAGCAACAACAUUGAGUCACCAUCACUCGAUGAAAAACGUUUAUCGAAUACAACCAGACCUUUUCCAAAUUUGUGUUACUCAACUCAGCGUGAAUAUUCAUGUGCCAAUUCAUUCUCAGCAUAAGUAGUAUGAGCAACACAAAUUAGGAGAAAGUCAGUGGUUGUAUUCAAUAAAAGUUUUUGUUAAAGUAUGAAUGUGAGCACCCCGCGUAAGGACAGGGAUGAGUCGAGAAACCUGCCGAUUUUCCUCCAAAGUAUGUAAUGUCACUAUUGCAAAGCUAUUCGAUAUUACAGAGAACAAGUUAAUUAUCUCACUUCUCUAAAUGUUUUUUAAAUGUUGUGCUAUACUUAUUGUUGACGAAAUUCAUGCUACUGUUGGGUUUUAGAGCUAGCGCCCAAUAGACUCCUUGAAGGAGAGCGCUCCUUGACCCAGAAUCGGUACACACUUACACAAUGGGCGUUAAUACGCUUCCAAUGAAGUUUCCCAUCUCCUCAAAAGUACAGAGCCUUCAGAAAGUAUUCAUACCCCUUGACUUAUUCCACAUGUUGUUGUGUUCCAGCCUGAAUUCAAAAUGGAUUAAAUGGCUUUUUUUCCCUCACCCAUCUACACACAAUACCCCAUAAUGACAAGUGAAAAUAUAUUUUUUUGUGUGUGUGCAAAUGUAUUGAAAAUGAAAUACAGAAAUAUCUCAUUUACAUAAGUAUUCACACCCCUGAGUUAAUACAUGUUAGAAUCACCUUUAGCAGUGAUUACAGCUGUGAGUCUUUCUGGGUAAGUCUUUAAGAGCUUUCCACACCUGGAUUGUAAAAUAUUUGCCCAUUAUUCUUUUACAAAUUUUCAAACUCUGUCAAAUUGGUUGUUAUCAUUGCUGGACAACCAUUUUCAGGUCUUGCUAUAGAUUCUGAAGCAGAUUUAAGACAAAACUGUAACUCGGCCACUCAGGAACGUUCAGUGUCUUCUUGGUAAGCAACUCCAGUGUAGAUUUGGCCUUGUGUUUUAGGUUAUUGUCCUGCUGAAAGGUCAAUUCAUCUCCCAGUGUCUGGUGGAAAGCAGACUGAACCAGGUUUUCCUCUAGGAUUUUGCCUGUGCUUAGCUUCAUUCCAUUUAUUUUUUAUCCUGAAAAACUCCCCAGUCCUUAAUGAUUACAAGCAUAAUCAUAACAUGAUGCAGCCACCACUAUGCUUGAACAUAUGGAGAGUGGUACUCAGUAAUCUAUUGGAUUUGCCACAAACAUAACACUUUGUAUUCAGGACAAAAAGUGCAUUUCUUUGCCACAUAUUUUGCAGUAUGACUUUAGUGUCUUGUUGCAAACAGGAUGCAUCUUUUGGAAUAUUUGUUAUCCUCUAUGGGCUUCCUUCUUUUCACUCUGUCAUUUAGGUUAGUAUUGUGGAGUAACUACAAUGUUGUUGAUCCAUCCUCAGUUUUCUCCUAUCACAGCCAUUAAACUCUGUAACUGUUUUAAAGUCACCAUUGGCCUCAUGGUGAAAUCCCUGAGCGGUUUCCUUCCUCUCCGGCAACUGAGUUAGGAAGGACGCCUGUAUCUUUGUAGUGACUGGUUGUAUUGAUACACCAUCCAAAGUGUAAUUAAUAACUUCACCAUGCCCAAAGGGAUAUUCAAUGUCUGCAGAUUUUUUUUUUUUUUAACCCAUCUACCAAUAGGUGACCUUCUUUGCGAGGCAUUGGAAAACCUCCCUGAUCUUUGUGCUUGAAUCUGUGUUUGAAAUUCACUGCUUUACUGAGGGACAUUACAUAUAAUUGUAUGUGUGGGUUACAGAGAUGAGGUAGUCAUUCAAAAAUCAUGUUAAACUCUGUUAUUGCACCAAAGUGAGUCCAUGCAACUUAUGUGACUUGAUAAGCAUAUUUUUACUCCUGAACUUAUUUAGGCUUGCCUUAACAAUGGGGUUGAAUAUUUGACUCAAGACAUUUCAGCUUUUCAAUUUUAAUUAAUUUAACUUUUCGAAAAACAUAAUUCCACUUUGACAUUAUGGGGUAUUGUGUGUAGGCAAGUGACAAAAAAUAUAAAUGUUAUCCAUUUCAAAUUCAUGCUGUAACACAACAUGUGGAAAAAGUCAAGGGGUGUGAAUACUUUCUGAAGGCAUUGUCUAUCAAAACAGCAGCUGCCACCAAGCGUUUCUAUUGGACAAAUUCAGGUAGGUCCUUCCCUGUUUUGUUCAGUUUGCUUCCGUUUAAGAUUUUUUUUUAGUGUUGUAGUUACUGAUAGGUCUGGUUUAUAAGGGGAACAACUCUGUUAGAUAGUGUUGUGGUUACUGAUAGGUCUGGUUUAUAAGGGGAACAACUCUUAGUUAGAUAGAUAGUGUUGUGGUUACUGAUAGGUCUGGUUUAUAAGGGGAACAACUCUUAGUUAGAUAGAUAGUGUUGUGGUUACUGAUAGGUCUGGUUUAUAAGGGGAACAACUCUUAGUUAGAUAGAUAGUGUUGUGGUUACUGAUAGGUCUGGUUUAUAAGGGGAACAACUCUUAGUUAGAUAGAUAGUGUUGUGGUUACUGAUAGGUCUGGUUUAUAAGGGGAACAACUCUUAGUUAGAUAGAUAGUGUUGUGGUUACUGAUAGGUCUGGUUUAUAAGGGGAACAACUCUGUUAGAUAGUGUUGUGGUUACUGAUAGGUCUGGUUUAUAAGGGGAACAACUCUGUUAGAUAGAUAGUGUUGUGGUUACUGAUAGGUCUGGUUUAUAAGGGGAACAACUCUUAGUUAGAUAGAUAGUGUUGUGGGUUACUGAUAGGUCUGGUUUAUAAGGGGAACAACUCUGUUAGAUAGAUAGUGUUGUGGGUUACUGAUAGGUCUGGUUUAUAAGGGGAACAACUCUGUUAGAUAGUGUUGUAGUUACUGAUAGGUCUGGUUUAUAAGGGGAACAACUCUGUUAGAUAGUGUUGUGGUUACUGAUAGGUCUGGUUUAUAAGGGGAACAACUCUGUUAGAUAGUGUUGUGGUUACUGAUAGGUCUGGUUUAUAAGGGGAACAACUCUGUUAGAUAGUGUUGUGGUUACUGAUAGGUCUGGUUUAUAAGGGGAACAACUCUGUUAGAUAGUGUUGUGGUUACUGAUAGGUCUGGUUUAUAAGGGGAACAACUCUGUUAGAUAGAUAGUGUUGUGGUUACUGAUAGGUCUGGUUUAUAAGGGGAACAACUCUGUUAGAUAGUGUUGUGGUUACUGAUAGGUCUGGUUUAUAAGGGGAACAACUCUGUUAGAUAGUGUUGUGGUUACUGAUAGGUCUGGUUUAUAAGGGGAACAACUCUGUUAGAUAGAUAGUGUUGUGGUUACUGAUAGGUCUGGUUUAUAAGGGGAACAACUCUUAGUUAGAUAGAUAGUGUUGUGGUUACUGAUAGGUCUGGUUUAUAAGGGGAACAACUCUGUUAGAUAGUGUUGUGGUUACUGAUAGGUCUGGUUUAUAAGGGGAACAACACUGUUAGAUAGUGUUGUGGUUACUGAUAGGUCUGGUUUAUAAGGGGAACAACUCUGUUAGAUAGUGUUGUAGUUACUGAUAGGUCUGGUUUAUAAGGGGAACAACUCUUAGUUAGAUAGAUAGUGUUGUGGUUACUGAUAGGUCUGGUUUAUAAGGGGAACAACUCUUAGUUAGAUAGAUAGUGUUGUGGUUACUGAUAGGUCUGGUUUAUAAGGGGAACAACUCUUAGUUAGAUAGAUAGUGUUGUGGUUACUGAUAGGUCUGGUUUAUAAGGGGAACAACUCUUAGUUAGAUAGAUAGUGUUGUGGUUACUGAUAGGUCUGGUUUAUAAGGGGAACAACUCUUAGUUAGAUAGAUAGUGUUGUGGUUACUGAUAGGUCUGGUUUAUAAGGGGAACAACUCUGUUAGAUAGUGUUGUGGUUACUGAUAGGUCUGGUUUAUAAGGGGAACAACUCUUAGUUAGAUAGAUAGUGUUGUGGUUACUGAUAGGUCUGGUUUAUAAGGGGAACAACUCUUAGUUAGAUAGAUCGUGUUGCGGUUACUGAUAGGUCUGGUUUAUAAGGGGAACAACUCUUAGUUAGAUAGAUAGUGUUGUGGGUUACUGAUAGGUCUGGUUUAUAAGGGGAACAACUCUUAGUUAGAUAGUGUUGUGGUUACUGAUAGGUCUGGUUUAUAAGGGGAACAACUCUGUUAGAUAGAUAGUGUUGUAGUUACUGAUAGGUCUGGUUUAUAAGGGGAACAACUCUUAGUUAGAUAGAUAGUGUUGUGGUUACUGAUAGGUCUGGUUUAUAAGGGGAACAACUCUUAGUUAGAUAAAUAGUGUUGUGGUUACUGAUAGGUCUGGUUACUGAUAGGUCUGGUUUAUAACCCACAUGGGGUCCAAAGUCACGCUCUUGUUGUGACACCGCACACUCAGACAGUGGCAGACAGUCUCCAGUCAUGUUGAUGACAGAGAGAGCGAGCCAGGGUGAGGUAGAGGGACAGAGACAGUGGCAGACAGUCUCCAGUCAUGUUGAUGACAGAGAGAGCGAGCCAGGGUGAGGUAGAGGGACAGAGACAGUGGCAGACAGUCUCCAGUCAUGUUGAUGACAGAGAGAGAGAGCCAGGGUGAGGUAGAGGGACAGAGACAGUGGCAGACAGUCUCCAGUCCUGUUGAUGACAGAGAGAGAGAGCCAGGGUGAGGUAGAGGGACAGAGACAGUGGCAGACAGUCUCCAGUCAUGUUGAUGACAGAGAGAGAGAACCAGGGUGCGGUAGAGUGACAGAGACAGUGAUAGAAUACAGGGAAGAAUCCUGGUCUGAUCUCCCACUGGGGCUCUCAGCACCAACCUGUUUGUGUGUCUGUACGUAUAUAUAUAUAUAUAUAUGGUCCACUGAACAUUACAUGGCUCUGUUCAACAUGAGGCAAACAAAUAACUAAUAUGAAGCAACAAUCCUCCAUUCACUCCUUUCCUCCUCCUUUCUUUCUCUUCCUCUCCUCUCCUCUCCUCUCCUCUCCUCUCCUCUCCUCUCCUCUCCUCUCCUCUCCUCUCCUCUCCUCUCCUCUCCUCUCCUCUCCUCUCCUCUCCUCUCCUCUCCUCUCCUCUCCUCUCUCCAGUAUAGUGCGGUGGAUUCCAACCCCCUGUCAGUCUACGUCAUGCACCCCUUCUGGAACUCAGUAGUCAAGGUGAGGACACGCACGCACACAGGUUAUUGUGACUAUGACGACAGUGUGUAUUUUAUGAUAAUGAGGUCUGUCUGCAUCAUUAAUGAGGUUUCCACUGUCUGCUGAGAUACAAUAAAGUCGAUCCUCUCUCUACCUCUACCCUUCUAUCUCUCUCUCUCUAUCUCUAUCCCUCUCUCUCUCUGUCUCUAUCUCUAUCUCUCUCUCUCUCUCUCUGUCUAUCUCUCUCUCUCUAUCUCUAUCCCUCUCUCUCUCUCUCUCUCUCUCUCGCUCUCUCUGUCUCUCUGUCUCUCUGUCUCUCUGUCUCUCUGUCUCUGUCUCUCUCUUUAUUGGCAUGGAAACCUAUGUUUACAUCGCAUAAGCAAAUUGGAUAGACAAGAAACCAAAGGGAAAUAAACAAGGGAAACAUUAGUAAACAUUACACUCACAAAAGUUUUCAAAGAAUAUAGACAUUUCAAUUGGCUAUUUACAGUGUUGUAACAAUGUGCAAGUAGAUUUAGUAUGAAAGAGAAAAUAAAUAGAUAAAUAUAUGUUGUAUUUACAAUGUGCCACUGGUUGCCCUUUUCUCAAUGCAACGGGCCACAAAUCUUUCUGCUUUGACUGCACAUUUCACCUAACAGAUAUGGGAGUCUAUCAAUGUUUGAUUUUUUUUCUAAUUCUUUGUGGUCUGUGUAAUCUGAGGGAAAUAUGUGUCUCUAAUAUGGUCAUACAUUUGGCAGGAGUUUAGGAAGUGCAGCUCAGUUUCCACCUCAUUUUGUGGGCAGUGGGCACAUAGCCUGUCUUCUCUUGAGAGCCAGGUCUGCCUACGGCGGCCUUUCUCAAUAGCAAGGCUAUGCUCACUGAGUCUGUACAUAGUCAAAGCUUUCCUUAAGUUUGGGUCAGUCACAGUGGUCAGGUAUUCUGCCACUGUGUACUCUCUGUUUAGGGCCAGAUAGCAUUCCAAUUUGCUCUGUGUUUUGGUUGAUUCUUUCCAGUGUGUCAAAUAGUUAUAUUUUUGCUUUCUCAUAAUUUGGUUUGGUCUAAAUGUGUUGCUGUCCUGAGGUCUGUUUAUGUUUGUGAACAGAGCCCCAGGACCAUCUGGCUGAGGGGACUCUUCUCCAGGUUAAUCUCUCUGUAGGUGAUGGCUUUGUGGUGGGGUCUGCUAAAUGGCAUAUUAUUAUUAUUAUUAUUAUUAUUAUUAUUAUUAUGUGUGGGCAUCGCUUCCUUUUAGGUGGUUGUAGAAAUUAACAGCUCUUUUCUGGAUUUUGAUAAUUAGUGGGUGUGGUCCUAAUCCUGCUCUGCAUGCAUUGUUUGGGUUUUUGCAUUGUACACAAAGUAUAUUUUUGCAGAAUUCUGCAUGCAGAGUCUCAAUUGGGUGUUUGUCCCAUUUUGUAAAUAUUUUGGGUUGGUGAGUGGACCCCAGACCUCACAGCCAUAGAGGGCAAUGGGUUCGAUAACUGAUUCAAGUAUUUUUAGCCAGAUCCUAAUUUGGAUGUUGAGUUUAUGUUCCUUUUUGAGCUGUCAGAUCGUUCACAGCCCUGUGGAAGUUACCUGUGGUGUUGAUGUUUAGGCCGAGGUAGGUGUAAUUCUUUGUGUGCUCUUGUGCUUUGUGGGCAACAGUGUCUAGAUAUCAUUUGUUGUCUUGGCUAGCUGACCUUUUUUGGAACACCGUUAUUUUUGUCUUACUGAGAUUUACUGUCAGGGCCCACGUCUGACAGAAUCUGUGCUGAAGAUCUAGGUGCUGCUGUAGGCCCUCCUUGGUCGGUGACAGAAGCACCAGAUCAUCAGCAAACAGUAAACAUUUGACUUUAGAGUCUAGUAGGGUGAGGCCGGGUGCUGCAGACUUCUAGUGCCCUCACCAAUUAAUUGAUAUAUAUGUGGUCCUCUGUAGCUCAAUUGGUAGAGCAUGGCGCUUGUAACGCCAGGGUAGUGGGUUCGAUCCCAGGGACCACCCAUACGUAAAAAUGUAUGCACACAUGACUGUAAGUCGCUUUGGAUAAAAGCGUCUGCUAAAUGGCAUAUUAUUAUUAUUAUAUUAUUGUUAUGUUGAAGAAGGUGGUGCCCUCGCCAAUUCGUUGAUAUAUAUGUUGAAGAAGGUGGGGCUUAAGUUGCAUCCCUGUCUCACCCCACGGCCCUGUGGAAAGAAAAUAUAUGUUAUUUGCCUAUUUUAACCGCACACUUGUUGUUUGUGUAUAUUGAUUUUAUGUCAUUCCCCCCAACCCCAUUUCCAUCAAUUUGUUUGUCAAUUAGGGUGUGCAGGGUGAAUACGUGGUCUGUCGUACGGUAUUUUGGUAAGAAGCCAAUUUGAUAUGUUGUUGUUUGUUUAGUGUGUUCCGAUUUUCCCAGAAGUGAUUUGAUUCUAUGGAUUUCUUCAACCACAAUGAGCUGAUUUCUGACGUUCCUUCUUUUUCCGUAGUGUAUUUCUGUAUUGUUUUAGUGAUUCACCAUAGUGAAGGCUCAGGCUCAGGUUUUCUGGGUCUCUAUGUUUUUGGUUGGAUAGGUUUCUCAAUUUCUUUCUUAGGUUUUUGCAUUCUUCAUCAAACCAUUUAUCAUUGUUAGUUGUCUUAGGUUUUCUGCCGGAAUAAAAAUUUGAUAUGUUAGUUGAUAGGUCAAAUAUAUUGUUCAGGCAUCUUACUGCUGAGUUUACACCUUCACUAUUGCAGGAAAACAUUUUGUCCAGGAAAUUGUGUAGGAGGGAUUGUAUUUGUUGUUAGCCAAUAGUUUUUUGGUAGGUUUCUACACUACCUUCCAUCUAUAGCAUUUCUUAAUAGUAUGCAGGGGUGAGCUGUAGGUGUACCUACCAUAGGAGUCUCCUCGAAGCCUACCAUUGACUAUGUACAGACCCAGCGUGCGACAGAGCUGCAGGAGUUGUGACCCAUUUUUGUUGAUGCCCAGGUGGUUAGCGCUUAACCUCUCUCUGUCUCUCUGUCUCUCUCUCUCUCUGUCUCUCUGUCUCUCUGUCUCUCCUCCAGGUGAUGCCCAGGUGGUUAGCUCCUAACCUCAUCACCUUCACUGGCUUCAUGUUCCUGGUCUUCAACUUCCUCAUGCUCUCUUUCUACGACUACCACUUUGAUGCAUCCGGUACGCCACCCGCCUGCCGUAUAUGUGGACACCCCUUCAAAUUAGUGUAUUCAGCUGAUUCAGCCACACCCGUUGCUGACAGGUGUAUAAAAUCGAGCACACAGCCAUGCAAUCUCCAUAGACCAACAUUGGCAGUAGAAUUGUGUUACUGAAGAGCUCAGUGACUUUCAACAUGGCACCGUCAUAGGAUGCCACCUUUCCAACAAGUCAGUUCAUGACAUUUCUGCCCUUCUGGAGUAGCCCCGGUCAACUGUAAGUGCUGUUACUGUGAAGUGGAAACGUCUAGGAGCAACAACAGCUCAGCCGUGAAUUGGUAGGCCACACAAGGGCUGAAGCGCUUAGCGCGUAAAAAUAGUCUGUCCUUGGUUGCAACACUCACUACCUAGUUCCAAACUGCCUCUGGAAGCAACGUCAGCACAAUAACUGUUCGUCGGGAGCUUCAUGAAAUGGGUUUCCAUGGCCGAGCAGCCGCACACAAGCCUAAGAUCACCAUGCACAAUGCCAUGCGUCGGUUGGAGUGGUGUAAAGCUUGCCGCCAUUGGAGCAAAAUGCUACCUGCCCCAAUGCAUAGUGCCAACUGUGAAGUUUGGUGCAGGAGGAAUAAUGGUCUGGGGUUGUUUUUCAUGGUUUGGGCUAGGCCCCUUAGUUCCAAUGAAGGGAAAUCUUAACGCUACAGCAUAUAACAACGUUCUAGAUGAUUCUAUGCUUCCAACUUUGUGGCAACAGUUUGGGGAAGGCCCUUUCCUGUUUCAGCAUGACAAUGUGCCCGUUCACAAAGCGAGGUCCAUAUAGAAAUGGUUUGUCGAAAUCGUUGUGGAAGAACUUGACUGGCCUGUACAGAGCCCUGACCUCAACCCCAUCGAACACCUUUGGGAUGAAUUGGAACGCCGACUGCGAGCCAGGCCUAAUCGCCCAACAUCAGUGCCCAACCUCACUAAUGCUCUUGUGGCUGAAUGGAAGCAAGUCCCCACAGCAAUGUUCCAACAUCUAGUGGAAAGCCUUCCCAGAAGAGUGGAGUCUGUUAUAGCAGCAAAGGGGAGGACCAACUCCAUAUUAAUGCCCAUGAUUUUAGAAUGAUAAUUUCAAUAAUGUCCACAUACUUUUGGCCACUCCAUAUUAAUGCCCAUGAUUUUUGAUGAGCUGUUUGGCGAGCAGGUGUCCACAACAUUUUGGUCAUGCAGUGUAGAUGUUUUAUUAUUGUUAAAUACACUUACAAUUGGCUCAGAACAGAAAAAGAUGUGAUAUUUUUUUAAACACAUGUAUUUCGACUAUACGAGUACACAACAUUUUGGUCAUGCAGUGUAUGUAAAUGUAUGUUUGCACAAAGUAACUGAUGUUUGUGUUUUGUCUCAGCUGAAGGACAAACACACGUGCCGAGCUGGGUUUGGGUCGCUGCAGGACUCUCCAACUUCCUGGCGUACACACUGGGUGAGUCUGGGUACAGGGCCUUGCAGAACUAUUCAUCCCCCUUGGCUUUUUUCCUAUUUUGUUGCAUUACAACCUGUAAUUUAAAUGGAUUUUUAUUUGGAUUUCAUGUAAUGGACGUACACAAAAUAGUCCAAAGUGGUGCAUAGUUACAUAUAUAUAGUUACAGUGAGGGGAAAAAUUAUUUGAUCCCCUGCUGAUUUUGUACGUUUGCCCACUGACAAAGACAUGAUCAGUCUAUAAUUUUAAUGGUAGGUUUAUUUGAACAGUGAGAGACAGAAUAACAACAACAAAAUCCAGAUAAACGCAUGUCAAAAAUGUUAUAAAUUGAUUUGCAUUUUAAUGAGAUCCUGUAGAGGGCGUCCUGUAGAGGGCGUCCUGUAGAGGGCGUCCUGUAGAGGGCAUCCUGUAGAGGGCAUCCUGUUUAGUCUCAAUACCGUAACUUACUUAGGCCUACAGUGGGGGAAAAAGUAUUUAGUCAGCCACCAAUUGUGCAAGUUCUCCCACUUAAAAAGAUGAGAGAGGCCUGUAAUUUUCAUCAUAGGUACACGUCAACUAUGACAGACAAAUUGAGAGAAAAAAAUCCAGAAAAUCACAUUGUAGGAUUUUUUAUGAAUUUAUUUGCAAAUUAUGGUGGAAAAUAAGUAUUUGGUCACCUACAAACAAGCAAGAUUUCUGGCUCACACAGACCUGUAACUUCUUCUUUAAGAGGCUCCUCUGUCCUCCACUCGUUACCUGUAUUAAUGGCACAUGUUUGAACUUGUUAUCAGUAUAAAAUACACCUGUCCACAACCUCAAACAGUCACACUCCAAACUCCACUAUGGCCAAGACCAAAGAGCUGUCAAAGGACACCAGAAACAAAAUUGUAGACCUGCACCAGGCUGGGAAGACUGAAUCUGCAAUAGGUAAGCAGCUUGGUUUGAAGAAAUCAACUGUGGGAGCAAUUAUUAGGAAAUGGAAGACAUACAAGACCACUGAUAAUCUCCCUCGAUCUGGGGCUCCACGCAAGAUCUCACCCCGUGGGGUCAAAAUGAUCACAAGAACGGUGAGCAAAAAUCCCAGAACCACACGGGGGGACCUAGUGAAUGACAUGCAGAGAGCUGGGACCAAAGUAACAAAGCCUACCAUCAGUAACACACUACGCCGCCAGGGACUCAAAUCCUGCAGUGCGAGACGUGUCCCCCUGCUGAAGUUUGCAAGAGUGCAUUUGGAUGAUCCAGAAGAGGAUUGGGAGAAUGUCAUAUGGUCAGAUGAAACCAAAAAAGAACUUUUUGGUAAAAACUCAACUCGUCGUGUUUGGAGGACAAAGAAUGCUGAGUUGCAUCCAAAGAACACCAUACCUACUGUGAAGCAUGGGGGUGGAAACAUCAUGCUUUGGGGCUGUUUUUCUGCAAAGGGACCAGGACGACUGAUCCGUGUAAAGGAAAGAAUGAAUGGGGCCAUGUAUCGUGAGAUUUUGAGUGAAAACCUCCUUCCAUCAGUAAGGGCAUUGAAGAUGAAACGUGGCUGGGUCUUUCAGCAUGACAAUGAUCCCAAACACACCGCCCGGGCAACGAAGGAGUGGCUUCGUAAGAAGCAUUUCAAGGUCCUGGAGUGGCCUAGCCAGUCUCCAGAUCUCAACCCCAUAGAAAAUCUUUGGAGGGAGUUGAAAGUCUGUGUUGCCCAGCGACAGCCCCAAAACAUCACUGCUCUAGAGGAGAUCUGCAUGGAGGAAUGGGCCAAAAUACCAGCAACAGUGUGUGAAAACCUUGUGAAGACUUACAGAAACGUUUGACCUGUGUCAUUGCCAACAAAGGGUAUAUAACAAAGUAUUGAGAAACUUUUGUUAUUGACCAAAUACUUAUUUUCCACCGUAAUUUGCAAAUAAAUUCAUAUAAAAUCCUACAAUGUGAUUUUCUGGAUUUUUUUUCUUCUCAUUUUGUCUGUCAUAGUUGACGUGUACCUAUGAUGAAAAUUACAGGCCUCUCUCAUCUUUUUAAGUGGGAGAACUUGCACAAUUGGUGGCUGACUAAAUACUUUUUUCCCCCACUGUAUAUUUCAAUACUUCUAUAGGCUACUGUAUUUAUUAAUUUUUUACUGUAUCAAUUAAUCAUUAAUUUAUUAAUGUCAUCACACAGCAUACGAGUCAUUCAUUAUUUGAAUCAAGCAUUUUAGUUUUAAAACAAAAUAAAGCGAGACUUGAAUAAUUAGCUUAAACAUUAAAUAAACCGUUCCAUUUUUGCAAAUUGCAUUAAUGAAAUAAUGCGAUUGUUUUUAGUCUUCGCUGUAAUAAACUUUACAACAGACUCUGGUACGCUUAUAAUUUAUUUAUUGUUUACGUUGUUCCAAACGGUCCGAAAAAAUGAUAUAGUGGAGCACAUAAUCUAACAGCACCUGUUUGGAGCAGAUAAUAUACAGCAGAGCUAACAGCACCUGUUUGGAGCAUAGCUAACAGCACCUGUUUGGAGCAGAGCUAACAGCACCUGUUUGGAGCAGAGCUAACAGCACCUGUUUGGAGCAGAGCUAACAGCACCUGUUUGGAGCAGAGCUAACAGCACCUGUUUGGAGCAGAGCUAACAGCACCUGUUUGGAGCAGAGCUAACAGCACCUGUUUGGAGCAGAGCUGCUCCUUACCUUAAUGUUCUUGAUCUCCAGUAUUAGUCAACUAGUCCCAUUUUAUCCAUCCAUCUGAACUCCCCUUUACCUCCUGAGCAACCAGUAAACAUUCCCCCGUCUCGAGUUAAUUUGUCACGUCCUCUGCAUCCAUUUAGCUGUCAAUGGGUUACGGUGUCCAGAGUUUGUUUGUGGCCAAUUUAUUGAUGUGAUUAUGAUGUUCCCUAUUGGUCACGUAAUGUAUAGACAGCAAGGGUUGAGGGAAUGUUUUUCCUAAACAAAUGAGGGAUUUCGGUAACAGAACUUUUCAGUCAGAAAUGGCUGUAAUCAUGUUGCAGCUUCAGCAACACGGACAGCGCUAUAAACACUGUUGAUGUUCUGUGGUGGUCGCUGCAGAGCGAGACAACAGGUGCUAGUCAAAGUCACUCGCUGUCAUUUUCUUUGUUACACAGCGCAGCAAAUCUGGCACAAUCAAAUCAAUUGCAGUCGGACUCCCUCUAGUCAUUUGUGUGUCUUAAUUAUUUAAUCAAACAGUGCACUUAAAGCAUCAGAUAAGGUCAGUGCAUAUAGUUGAUUUGAUUAAAACACAUAGGAUGUCUAUAUAUGGAAAAAUACACAUUUUUAAAAUGUAGGUCGACCAAGUUUUGUUUGGGUCAGAGACAGCCCUACUGCAGUGUCCAUUAAUUGUCCAAAUUUCCGCUGUAGUAUACGUCAUUCCCAAACAUAUGAAUUUUAUGAAAUCGUGAAAAUGACCAGAUGUCUCUCUCUCUGUCUCUCUCUCUGUCUCUCUCUCUGUUAUAAAGACGGUGUGGAUGGGAAGCAGGCGAGGCGUACUAACUCCUCCACACCACUGGGGGAGCUGUUUGACCACGGCCUGGACAGCUGGGCCUGUGUGUUCUUCGUGGCCACCGUCUACUCCAUAUUUGGGCGUGGAGAGAGCGGUGUGGGCGUGGCCACGUUGUACUACAUCCUGUGGGUGGUCCUGUUCUCAUUCAUCCUGUCUCACUGGGAGAAAUACAACACAGGAAUCCUCUUCCUGCCCUGGGGCUAUGACAUCAGCCAAGUGGUGAGUAGGACACACUGCAUACACACCUACCCCUCAUCCUUCUGUCUACCCCUGUCUCACUCUGUCCCUCUCCGUCUCUGUCUCUCUCUCUGUCUCCAUCUCUCUCUGCCUCUGUCUCAAAUCAAAUUGUAUUUGCCACAUGCGCCGAAUACAACAGGUGUAGACAUUACAGUGAAAUGCUUACUUACAAGCCCUUAACCAACAAUGCAGUUUUUAAGAAAAGAGAAAAAAUAGAUAAGUAAAAAGAUAGAUAAUUAAAAAAUAGCAAAUAAUUAAAGAGCAGCAGUAAAAUAAAAUAACAGUAGGGAGGCUAUAUAAAGGGGGUACCGGUGCAGAGUCAAUGUGCGGGGGCACAGGCUAGUCGAGGUAAUUGAGGUAAUUUGUACAUGUGUGUAGAGUUAAAGUGACUAUGCAUAGAUAAUAAACAGAGUAGCAGCAGCGUAAAAGAGGCGGGUGGGGUGGCAGUGCAAAUAGUCCAGGUAGCCAUGAUUAGCUGUUCAGGAGUCUUAUGGCUUGGGGGUAGAAGCUGUUAAGAAGCCUUUUGGACCUAGACUUGGCGCUCCGGCACCGCAUGCCGUGCGGUAGCAGAGAGAACAGUCUAUGACUAGGGUGGCUGGAGUCUUUGAUCAUUUUUAGGGCGUUCCUCUCUCACCACCUGGUAUAGAGGUCCUGGAUGGCAGGGAGCUUGGCUCCAGUGAUGUACUGGGCCGUACGCACUACCCUCUGUAGUGCCUUACGGUCGGAUGCCGAGCAGUUGCCAUACCAGGCGGUGAUGCAACCAGUCAGGAUGCUCUCGAUGGUGCAGCUGUAGAACCUAUUGAGGAUCUGGGGACCCAUGCCAAAUAUUUUCAGUCUCCUGAGGGGGAAUAGGUUUUGUCGUGCCCUCUUCACGGCUGUCUUGGUGUGUUUGGACCAUGAUAGUUCGUUGGUGAUGUGGACACCAAGGAACUUGAAGCUCUCAACCUGUUCCACUACAGCCCCGUCGAUGAGAAUGGGGGCGUGCUCAGUCCUCUUUUUUUUCCUGUAGUCCACAAUCAUCUCCUUUGUCUUGGUCACGUUGAGGGAGAGGUUGUUGUCCUGGCACCACACGGCCAGGUCUCUGACCUCCUCCCUAUAGGCUGUCUCAUCGUUGUCGGUGAUCAGGCCUACCACUGUUGUGUCGUCGGCAAUUGAGACCAUCAUGUCAGGCUGUAUCACAGCCUGGUAGGCAACUGCACCGCCCACAACCGCAGGGUUCUCCAGAGGGUGGUGCGGUCUGCCCAACGCAUCACCGGGGGCAAACUACCCGCCCUCCAGGACACCUACAGCACCCGAUGUCACAGGAAGGCCAAAAAGAUCAUCAAGGACAUCAUCCACCCGAGCCACUGCCUGUUCACCCCGCUAUCAUCCAGAAGGCGAGGUCAGUACAGGUGCAUCAAAGCUGGGACAGAGAGACUGAAAAACAGCUUCUAUCUCAAGGCCAUCAGACUGUUAAAUAGCCAUCACUAGCUGGCUACCACCCGGUUACUCAACCCUGCACCUUAGAGGCUGCUGCCCAAUAUACAUAGACAUGGAACACUAGUCACUUUAAUAAUGUUUCCAUAUCUUGCACUACUCAUCUCAUAUGUAUAUACUGUAUUCUAUUCUAUAAUAUUCUACUGUAACUUAGUCCUGCCGCUCUGUCAUUGCUUGUCCAUAUAUGAAUACAGUGAGCUCCAUAAUUCAUUGGACAGUGACCAUUUUUUUGUUAUUUUGGUUCUGUACUCUAGCACUUUGAGUUUGAAAGGAUACAAUGACAAUGAGGGUGAAGUGCAGACUGUCAGCUUUAAUUUGAGGGUAUUUUCAUUUUCAUACAUAUCGGAUGAACCGUUUAGAAAUGACAGCACCUUUUGUACAUGGUCCCCCCAUUUUAAGGUACUACAAGUAUUUGUUAAAUUGUCUUCACAGAUGUGUGUCGUUUGGCAGGUGUAUUCAUUUGUGUCGUUAGUGAAUGCAGGAGAGCUGUUGAUUAAUAGUAUCGAUUCUAGACGUUGCUAUUGCCUUUUGGAGGUUGUUAUUGGGGUGUGACAACAUGAGGAAGACAGCAGUGUCGAUGCAAAUGAAGCUGGCCGUCAUAAGGCUCAGAAAUGAAAAUCAAUCAGGAACAUUGCAAAAACCCUGGCCAUGCCCAAGUCAACAGUUUGGUUCAUCAUUAACAAGAAAAAAACAACCGGUGAACUCAAUUAUGUCCAAAAGACCCGGUAGACGGAGGAAGACCACUGUAGUGGAUGACCGGAGAAUACUCUCUAUGGUGAAGAAAACCCCCCUGACAACAGCCCAACAGAUCAAAAACACUCUCCUGGAUGCAGGUGUAGAUGUGUCAAAGUCUACCAUACGUAGAAGACUACACCAGCAGGACUACAGAGGGUUACACUACAAGAUGCAAACCACUGAUAAGCCUGAAGAACAGAAAGGCAAGAUUACAGUUUGCUAAAAAGCACCUAAAAGAGCCCCAAGAGUUCUGGAAAAAAAGUAUUGUGGACAGAUGAGACAAAGAUUAACAUGUACCAGAGGGAUGGAAAGAGGAAAGUGUGGAGGAAAAAACAGAAAUGCCCAUGAUCCAAAGCAUACCACCUCAUCCGUGAAACAUGGUGGAGGGGGUGUUAUGGCUUGGGCCUGUAUGGCUGCCAGUGGAACAGGCUCACUUGUCUUCAUCGAUGAUGUGACUGCAGACAGAAGUAGAACAAUGAAUUCUUAAGUCUACAGAAAUAUUUUAUCUGCUCAGAUAAAACCAAAUGCCUCCAAACUCAUUGGACGGCACUUCAUCAUGCAACAAGACAAUGACCCUAAACAUACUGCUAGAGCAACAAAGGGGUUUUUGAUGGCCAAAAAGUGGAAAGUCCUUGACUGGCCGAGUCAAUCACCGGAUCUGAAUCCAAUUGAACAUGCAUUUUACAUGCUGAAGAGGAGACUGAAGGCAAUAAGUCUCCGAAACAAGCAGGAACUGAAGAUGGCUGCAGUACAGGCCUGGCAGAGCAUCACCAGGGAAGAUACCCAGCGUCUGGUGAUAUCGAUGCAUCGCAGACUUCAAGCAGUCAUUGCAUGCAAAGGAUAUGCGACCAAAUAUUAACAAUGAUUACUUUAUUAUAUAUUAUGUUAAACUGUCCAAUGUUUUUUGAUGCCUGAAAAUGGGGGGGACCAUGUACAAAAGCUUCCAUCAUUUCUAAACGGUUCAUCCGAUAUGUAUGAAAAUACCCUCAAAUUAAAGCUGACAGUCUGCACUUCACCCUCAUUGUCAUUGUAUCCUUUCAAACUCAAAGUGCUAGAGUACAGAACCAAAAUAACAAAACAAAAAUCACUGUCCAAUGAAUUAUGGAGCUCACGGUAUAUUCUUAAAUUCCAUUCCUUACUAGAUUUGUGUGUAUUGGGUAUAUGUUGUGGAAUUGUUAGAUAUUACUUGUUAGAUAUUACUGCAAUGUCGGAGCUAGAAGCACAAGCAUUUCGCUACACCCGCAAUAACAUCUGCUAAACACGUGUAUGUGACAAAUAACAUUUGAUUUGAAUUGGUUAGAGGGCUGUAAAACGGCAGCCAUUUUCUCCGGCGCCAUUCUCUGUCUCUCUGUUUCUGUCUCUCUGUCUCUGUCUCUCUCGCUUGCUCACUCUCUCAAUUCAAUUCAAUUUAAGGGCUUUAUUGGCAUGGGAAACGUGUGUUAACAUUGCCAAAGCAAGUGAAGUAGAUAGUAAACAAAAGUGAAAUAAACAAUAAAUAUUAACAGUAAACAUUACACUCAGAAGUUUCAAAAGAAUAAAGACAUUUCAAAUGUCAUAUUAUGUAUAUAUACAGUGUUGCAACCAUGUGCAAAUAGUUAAAGUACAAAGGGGAAAAUAAAUCAACAUAAAUAUGGGUUGUAUUUACAAUGGUGUUUGUUCUUCACUGGUUGCCCUUUUCUUGUGGCAACAGGUCACAAAUAUUGCUGCUGUGAUGGUACACUGUGGUAUUUCACCCAAUAGAUAAGGGAGUUUAUCAAAAUUGGGUUUGUUUUUGAAUUCUUUGUGUAUGUGUUUAAUCUGAGGGAAAUACGUGUCUCUAAUAUGGUCAUACAUUUGGCAGGAGGUUAGGAAGUGCAGCUCAGUUUCCACCUCAUUUUGUGGGCAGUGUGCACAUAGCCUGUCUUCUCUUGAGAGCCAGGUCUGCCUAUGGCGGCCUUUCUCAAUAGCAAGGCUAUGCUCACUGAGUCUUUACAUAGUCAAAGCUUUCCUUAAGUUUUGGUCAGUCACAGUGGUCAGGUAUUCUGCCACUGUGUACUCUCUCUCUGUCUCUCUCUCCCUCUCUCACUCUGUCUCUCGGCCUCUCUCUCUCUCCCUGUCUCACGGUCUCUGUCUCUCGGUCUCUGUCUCUCUCUCUCUGUCUCUCUCUCCCUCUCUGUCUCUCUCUCUUUCUCUCUCUCUCUCUUUCUCUCUGUCUCUCUCUCUCUCUGUCUCUCUCAAAUUCAAGCUGCUUUAUUGGCAUGAAAAACAUUGCGUCGAUAUUGCCAAAGUAACAAUAUAUACAAUAUACAUUGUAAUAAAAUAAUUAGCAAAUAAUAAUAUAAAAUGGUAGUAAAUAAUAAUACAAAAAACAAAACAAAAAUGGUAACAGUCAAUAGUAGAAACAUACUCUCUCUCUCUCUCUCUCUGUCUCUCUCUCUCUCUCUCUCUCUCUCUCUCUCUCUCUCUCUCUCUCUCUCUCUGUCUCUCUCUCUCUGUCUCUCUCUCUCUCUCUCUCUCUCUCUCUCUCUCUCUCUCUCUGUCUCUCUCUCUCUGUCUCUCUCUCUCUCUCUCUCUCCCUCUCCCUCUCCCUCUCUCUCUGUGUCUGUCUGUCUCUCUCUCUCUCUCUCCCUCUCCCUCUCUCUCUGUGUCUGUCUGUCUCUCUCUCUCUCUCUCCCUCUCCCUCUCUCUCUGUGUCUGUCUCUCUCUCUCUCCCUCUCCCUCUCUCUCUGUGUGUCUCUCUCUCUCUAAAAGUGAAAUAAACAAUAAAUAUUAACAGUAAACAUUACACUCAGAAGUUCCAAGGGUUUGUUUUCGAAUUAUUUGUGGAUCGCUGUAAUCUGAGGGAAAUAUGUGUCUCUAAUAUGGUCAUACAUUUGGCAGGAGGUUAGGAAGUGCAGCUCAGUUUCCACCUCAUUUUGUGGGCAGUGUGCACAUAGCCUGUCUUCUCUUGAGAGCCAGGUCUGCCUACGGCGGCCUUUCUCAAUAGCAAGGCUAUGCUCACUGAGUCUGUACAUAGUCAAAGCUUUCCUUAAGUUUGGGUCAGUCACAGUGGUCAGGUAUUCUGCCACUGUGUACUCUCUGUUUAGGGCCAAAUAGCAUUCUAGUUUGCUCAGUUUUUUUGUUAAUUCUUUCCUAUUUGUCAAGUAAUUCUCUUUUUUUUUUCUCAUGAUUUGGUUGAGUCUAAUUGUGUUGUUGUUGUUGUCCUGGGGCUCUGUGGGGUCUGUUUGUGUUUGUGAACAGAGCCCCAGGACAAGCUUACUUAGGGGACUCUUCUCCAGGUUCAUCUCUCUGUAGGUGAUGGCUUUGUUAUGGAAGGUUUGGGAAUCGCUCCCUUUUAAGUGGUUAUAGAAUUUAACGGCUCUUUUCUGGAUUUUGAUAAUUAGUGGAUAUCGGCCUAAUUCUGCUCUGCAUGCAUUAUUUGGUGUUUCUCGUUGUACAAGGAGGAUAUUUUUGCAGAAUUCUGAAUGCAGAGUCUCAAUUUGGUGUCUCUCUCUCUGUGUCUCUCUCCCAGACCAUCUCUAUAGUGUACAUCUUCACAGCAGUGGUUGGCGUGGAGACGUGGUAUGAACCAAUCUGGUGGAACUUCCACUACCGAGACCUCUUCACUUUCAUGAUCCUCGGUGAGCUCCCAUUGGUCAGAUUACCGCUGUCUGAGCUGUGAUUGGUCCGUUUUGUGCACUGUGCAGUGUGAUUGGUUCUGAUUUGAUGUAAAUUGAUAUUGUGUUCUGAUUGGUUGUCCGUGAUGUCACAUCCAGGUUGUUCGUUCACUGUGACCCUUCCCAUGAGCCUCUACAACGUCUUCAAGUAAGUUACAACCUUUAUGUUACUGUUCAGACUCGACAUGUCAACAGAAGCUACUUUAGGGACAUUAACUGAUACUUUGUGUUCUAGUAACUUCCAACUCUUAGCUUUUAGUGUUUUGCUCUGAUAAACUCAGUUCUCCUUCAGACUCAACAUGUCAGGUAGGUUUAGCUACACUGCGUUAACCUUAGCUCACGCUUAGCUUUCUGUUUUGAUCUGAAGUUAAGAUUUCACUGUUGGACCCCAGGAUGAGGAGCUGCAUUAGCAACAGCUAGUGGGGGAUCCCAGUAAACUAAACUAACAGCUAACGGGGGAUCCUAGUAAACUAAACUAACAGCUAGUGGGGGAUCCUAGUAAACUUGUGGUCCUCUGUAGCUCAGCUGGUAGAGCACGGCGCUUGUAACGCCAAGGUAGUGGGUUCGAUCCCCGGGACCACCCAUACACAAAAAUGUAUGCACGCACGACUGUAAGUCGCUUUGGAUAAAAGCGUCUGCUAAAUGGCAUAUUAUUAUUAUUAUUAUUAUUAUAAACUAACAGCUAACGGGGGAUCCUAGUAAACUAAACUAACAGCUAGUGGGGGAUCCCAGUAAACUAAACUAACAGCUAACGGGGGAUCCUAGUAAACUAAACUAACAGCUAACGGGGGAUCCUAGUAAACUAAACUAACAGCUAGUGGGGGAUCCCAGUAAACUAAACUAACAGCUAGUGGGGGAUCCUAGUAAACUAAACUAACAGCUAGUGGGGGAUCCUAGUAAACUAAACUAACAGCUAACGGGGGAUCCCAGUAAACUAAACUAACAGCUAACGGGGGAUCCCAGUAAACUAAACUAACAGCUAACGGGGGAUCCUAGUAAACUAAACUAACAGCUAGUGGGGGAUCCUAGUAAACUAAACUAACAGCUAGUGGGGGAUCCUAGUAAACUAAACUAACAGCUAGUGGGGGAUCCCAGUAAACUAAACUAACAGCUAGUGGGGGAUCCCAGUAAACUAAACUAACAGCUAGUGGGGGAUCCUAGUAAACUAAACUAACAGCUAGUGGGGGAUCCCAGUAAACUAAACUAACAGCUAGUGGGGGAUCCUAGUAAACUAAACUAACAGCUAACGGGGGAUCCCAGUAAACUAAACUAACAGCUAACGGGGGAUCCUAGUAAACUAAACUAACAGCUAGUGGGGGAUCCCAGUAAACUAAACUAACAGCUAGUGGGGGAUCCUAGUAAACUAAACUAACAGCUAGUGGGGGAUCCUAGUAAACUAAACUAACAGCUAACGGGGGAUCCCAGUAAACUAAACUAACAGCUAACGGGGGAUCCCAGUAAACUAAACUAACAGCUAACGGGGGAUCCUAGUAAACUAAACUAACAGCUAGUGGGGGAUCCCAGUAAACUAAACUAACAGCUAGUGGGGGAUCCCAGUAAACUAAACUAACAGCUAACGGGGGAUCCCAGUAAACUAAACUAACAGCUAACGGGGGAUCCCAGUAAACUAAACUAACAGCUAACGGGGGAUCCUAGUAAACUAAACUAACAGCUAGUGGGGGAUCCCAGUAAACUAAACUAACAGCUAGUGGGGGAUCCUAGUAAACUAAACUAACAGCUAGUGGGGGAUCCCAGUAAACUAAACUAACAGCUAGUGGGGGAUCCCAGUAAACUAAACUAACAGCUAGUGGGGGAUCCCAGUAAACUAAACUAACAGCUAGUGGGGGAUCCUAGUAAACUAAACUAACAGCUAGUGGGGGAUCCUAGUAAACUAAACUAACAGCUAACGGGGGAUCCCAGUAAACUAAGCUAACAGCUAGUGGGGGAUCCCAGUAAACUAAACUAACAGCUAACGGGGGAUCCUAGUAAACUAAACUAACAGCUAGUGGGGGAUCCCAGUAAACUAAACUAACAGCUAGUGGGGGAUCCUAGUAAACUAAACUAACAGCUAGUGGGGGAUCCCAGUAAACUAAACUAACAGCUAGUGGGGGAUCCCAGUAAACUAAACUAACAGCUAGUGGGGGAUCCCAGUAAACUAAACUAACAGCUAGUGGGGGAUCCUAGUAAACUAAACUAACAGCUAGUGGGGGAUCCUAGUAAACUAAACUAACAGCUAACGGGGGAUCCCAGUAAACUAAACUAACAGCUAACGGGGGAUCCCAGUAAACUAAACUAACAGCUAACGGGGGAUCCCAGUAAACUAAACUAACAGCUAGUGGGGGAUCCUAGUAAACUAAACUAACAGCUAACGGGGGAUCCCAGUAAACUAAACUAACAGCUAGUGGGGGAUCCCAGUAAACUAAACUAACAGCUAGUGGGGGAUCCUAGUAAACUAAACUAACAGCUAACGGGGGAUCCUAGUAAACUAAACUAACAGCUAGUGGGGGAUCCCAGUAAACUAAACUAAAAGCUAGUGGGGGAUCCUAGUAAACUAAACUAACAGCUAGUGGGGGAUCCCAGUAAACUAAACUAACAGCUAGUGGGGGAUCCUAGUAAACUAAACUAACAGCUAACGGGGGAAGGUAAACUAAACUAACAGCUAACGGGGGAUCCUAGUAAACUAAACUAACAGCUAGUGGGGGAUCCCAGUAAACUAAACUAACAGCUAGUGGGGGAUCCUAGUAAACUAAACUAACAGCUAGUGGGGGAUCCUAGUAAACUAAACUAACAGCUAACGGGGGAUCCCAGUAAACUAAACUAACAGCUAACGGGGGAUCCCAGUAAACUAAACUAACAGCUAACGGGGGAUCCUAGUAAACUAAACUAACAGCUAGUGGGGGAUCCUAGUAAACUAAACUAACAGCUAGUGGGGGAUCCUAGUAAACUAAACUAACAGCUAGUGGGGGAUCCUAGUAAACUAAACUAACAGCUAGUGGGGGAUCCCAGUAAACUAAACUAACAGCUAGUGGGGGAUCCUAGUAAACUAAACUAACAGCUAGUGGGGGAUCCCAAUAAACUAAACUAACAGCUAGUGGGGGAUCCUAGUAAACUAAACUAACAGGUAACGGGGGAUCCCAGUAAACUAAACUAACAGCUAGUGGGGGAUCCCAGUAAACUAAACUAACAGCUAACGGGGGAUCCCAGUAAACUAAACUAACAACAGCUAGUGGGGGAUCCUAGUAAACUAAACUAACAACAGCUAGUGGGGGAUCCUAGUAAACUAAACUAACAGCUAACGGGGGAUCUCAGUAAACUAACAACAGCUAGUGGAGGAUCCUAGUAAACUAAACUAACAGCUAGUGGGGGAUCCUAGUAAACUAAACUAACAACAGCUAGUGGGGGAUCCUAGUAAACUAAACUAACAACAGCUAGUGGGGGAUCCUAGUAAACUAACAACAGCUAACGGGGGAUCCUAGUAAACUAAACUAACAGCUAACGGGGGAUCCCAGUAAACUAAACUAACAGCUAACGGGGGAUCCCAGUAAACUAAACUAACAACAGCUAGUGGGGGAUCCUAGUAAACUAAACUAACAACAGCUAGUGGGGGAUCCUAGUAAACUAAACUAACAGCUAACGGGGGAUCUCAGUAAACUAACAACAGCUAGUGGGGGAUCCUAGUAAACUAAACUAACAGCUAGUGGGGGAUCCUAGUAAACUAAACUAACAACAGCUAGUGGGGGAUCCUAGUAAACUAAACUAACAGCUAGUGGGGGAUCCUAGUAAACUAAACUAACAGCUAAUGGGGGAUCUCAGUAAACUAACAACAGCUAGUGGGGGAUCCUAGUAAACUAAACUAACAGCUAGUGGGGGAUCCUAGUAAACUAAACUAACAGCUAACGGGGGAUCCUAGUAAACUAAACUAACAGCUAGUGGGGGAUCCUAGUAAACUAAACUAACAGCUAACGGGGGAUCCUAGUAAACUAUACUAAACUAACAGCUAACGGGGGAUCCUAGUAAACUAAACUAACAGCUAACGGGGGAUCCUAGUAAACUAUACUAAACUAACAUCUAACGGGGGAUCCUAGUAAACUAUACUAAACUAACAGCUAACGGGGGAUCUUAGUAAACUAAACUAACAGCUAACGGGGGAUCUUAGUAAACUAAACUAACAGCUAGUGGGGGAUCCUAGUAAACUAAACUAACAGCUAACGGGGGUUCCUAGUAAACUAAACUAACAGCUAACGGGGGAUCCCAGUAAACUAAACUAAAAACAGCUAGUGGGGGAUCCCAGUAAACUAAACUAACAGCUAACGGGGGAUCUUAGUAAACUAAACUAACAGCUAACGGGGGAUCCUAGUAAACUAAACUAACAGCUAACGGGGGAUCUUAGUAAACUAAACUAACAGCUAACGGGGGAUCCUAGUAAACUAAACUAACAGCUAACGGGGGAUCCUAGUAAACUAAACUAACAGCUAACGGGGGAUCCUAGUAAACUAAACUAACAGCUAGUGGGGGAUCCUAGUAAACUAAACUAACAGCUAGUGGGGGAUCCUAGUAAACUAAACUAACAGCUAACGGGGGAUCCUAGUAAACUAAACUAACAGCUAACGGGGGAUCCUAGUAAACUAAACUAACAGCUAGUGGGGGAUCCUAGUAAACUAAACUAACAGCUAGUGGGGGAUCCUAGUAAACUAAACUAACAGCUAGUGGGGGAUCCUAGUAAACUAAACUAACAGCUAACGGGGGAUCCUAGUAAACUAAACUAACAGCUAGUGGGGGAUCCUAGUAAACUAAACUAACAGCUAACGGGGGAUCCUAGUAAACUAAACUAACAGCUAACGGGGGAUCCUAGUAAACUAACAACAGCUAACGGGGGAUCCUAGUAAACUAAACUAACAGCUAACGGGGGAUCCUAGUAAACUAAACUAACAGCUAACGGGGGAUCCUAGUAAACUAAAGUAACAGCUAACGGGGGAUCCCAGUAAACUAAACUAACAGCUAACGGGGGAUCCUAGUAAACUAAAGUAACAGCUAACGGGGGAUCCUAGUAAACUAAACUAACAGCUAACGGGGGAUCCUAGUAAACUAACAACAGCUAACGGGGGAUCCUAGUAAACUAAACUAACAGCUAACGGGGGAUCCUAGUAAACUAAACUAACAACAGCUAACGGGGGAUCCUAGUAAACUAAUCUAACAACUUACUUGAUCUUGACAGGGCUUUAGAGCUAACCCUUCACCCCUCCCUCUCUGUCUCCUCCCCCCCCUCCCUCUCUCAGGGCGUCUCGUAGUAACACUCUGAAACACAGCAGUAUGUACGAGGCCUUCCUCCCCUUCCUCUCUCCUGUCCUCCUCUUCCUCCUCUCCUCUGCCUGGGUGAUAUUCUCUCCAUCAGACAUCCUCCAGCAGCAGCCCAGAGUCUUCUACCUCAUGGUGGGAACAGCCUUCGCUAACGUCACCGUGAGUCACACUACACCAGGGAUGGCAGCCUUCUGUCUGCAGGACCGCGGGAUCUCAACCUACUCUUGAGUUAGAAUAGUAGAAUACACAAAGUUACAUUUCCAAAUUUGGUUGUGCAUCAUCAGUUUUUCUCUUAUGUGAGUCACUGACAGCUACAUAUAAAAAAAGCUGCCAGCUAUCUAAACUUGUAGUAAUCAUGGUCGAAUUACCGAAACGAGGGGCGCCCAUUGAUUUUGUUAGUCACUCUCACUCAGAUGUCACAUUCAAAACUGCAACCAUUUCUCACCACCCUAUGGCAAAAUGUGUAGAAUUGCAGGAAAUUAACUCUAGAGGGGGGCUGAUAAAAUGUUUUGCUCACAAGGUUGGGGGGGGUGUGGGGGUCAAACAAUUGGUCCUCUGUAGCUGAAUUUGUAGAGCAUGGCGCUUGUAACGCCAGGGUAGUGGGUUCGAUCCCCGGGACCACCCAUACGUAAAAAUGUAUGCACACAUGACUGUAAGUCGCUUUGGAGAAAAGCGUCUGCUAAAUGGCAUAUUAUUAUUAUUAUUAUUAUAAAAGGCCAGGACUGGCUCUGAUUGCACGUGGGUAUGGCUGUGGUAGCAGAGUCACCAUCCCUGCUCUCCACAGAUAAAGGUACACCUAGAUAUGGAACUCCGUAACUGCUAAGUCUGUGUGUGUGUGUGUCUGUGUGUGUGUGUGUCUGUGUGUGUGUGUGUGUCUGUGUGUGUGCGUCUGUGUGUGUGCGUCUGCAGUGUAAGCUGAUCGUGUGCCAGAUGAGUAACACCCGUUGCCAGCCGCUGAGCUGGCUGUUGGUUCCCAUGGCGACGGUGGUGUUGUUGGCAGUUACAGGGCUGGUUGCUAACGAGACGCUGUUGAUCUACGUGUGGACGGCCAUCGUCAUACUCACACACAUACACUACGGAGUGUCAGUGGUGAGUACACAUACAUAUACUACGGAGGGUCAGUGGUGAGUACACAUACAUAUACUACGGAGGGUCAGUGGUGAGUACACAUACAUAUACUACGGAGGGUCAGUGGUGAGUACACAUACAUAUACUACGGAGGGUCAGUGGUGAGCAGGGUGGGACAUUUACUGCAGUGGCUGGUGAAUGCCCUAAUUUUACCAGCCACUCAAAUAUUUUAUCAGCGACUCAAAUAUUUUACCAGCCACUCAAAUGUUUUACUAGCCACAUUUUCCUUUUAAGAGAUUCUCAAAAGGUUAGGGUUAGAUAAAUCACAGAAAACACUGUACCCCACCCCGCUUUCACCACUGGAGCGGUUGAGAUUCUCUCAAUUACUUAAAAUUAGUAAUCGAGGAAUGUCGUGAGUUAAUUGACACGAGAAAACCUGAGAUAAUAUCAACUCUACAGAUCGCAAAGAAUACAAUGAAUGGCUAAAUUACUUCCUGACAUCUUCCUGACUUCCUGGGAUCCUCCUCUUCACCACUCUGUGGCUGGUCAGAAUAGAGAUUCUACCAGCCAAUGGCAAAAUCUACCAGCAUUUGGCUGAUGGCUGGUGUUAAUUUCACACCCUGGUAGUGAGUGUUGUUGUUUUUGGUUAGCAAGCAAUUGGGUGCUGCUAGUUAGCUACCUAGCUUGUAAAUCCGAGUUGAAAUUAGGUAGCUAGCUAGUUAACGUUAGCGAGGAGGGAUUUUAGCUAGCCAGCUCAUAUUGACACAUUAUUGAAAGCUAACUAGCUACAUCCUAGCCAGCAAGGUUUGCUUGAUUAGCUUGCUAGUAGCCGAUGUCAUGGCAAGCAAGGUAAGAGUUUAGCUAGGUAGCCUAUUUGUUAUGCUAGUGAAUGACGAUGCUAACCAUUUAGCUAGCUAGUAAGCUAAGAAUGUGGCUAGCUGGCACUGGCAAUAUGGGGUAACGGUAGUUACAUCGUGGUGAGAUGCUAGCAUGGCCAUGUAGUUAGAUAUCAGCAAAUCAUCUAGCUACCUAGUUAGCAACAUAGCACAGCUAGCUGCACAGUUACAUCGUUACCUAGGAAACAAAUUACAUCUGAAUUCUCAUUUUGCCCCCAGUGGCAGACCUGAUCACUGUGGAACACAUCAGCUAGUGACCAAUCGAUAAAGGGCUCAGGACCAAAUGUUCGCUUUGAGAUUCAGCCAAUGUAAGUCAAAUGACAAACUCUCUCUCCACCCCCCCCCCCCCCCCCCUUCUCUCCCCCCCCUCCCCUUCUCCUCUCCUCCCCCCUUCUCCCCCCCUUCUCUCCCCCCCCCCCCCCCCCCCCUUCUCCUCUCCUCCCCCCUCUCUCCAGGUGAACCAGCUCAGCGAUCACUUCAACAUCUUUGCCUUCUCUCUGAUGAAGCCCAGCACUGACUGACAGGACCAGGAGCGAAUCGGCUUGCAGGGAGCAGAGGUUUAGACCCUCCCACCUCCCUCUGCAGCCAACCGACACUUCACUCUCAUCACCACGGAAACACACCACUCACCCCCCAUCUGAUCUCCGGUCCUCCACCCUGACUCUCACCCCAACCCCCUUCAUGCCAAGUGUCCGUUUGGGGGCGGUCCUCAGGACUGUGGGGGCGGCACCCCGGGCUCUUGGUUCCGUGGCUGCUGAUAGGUUGAGCUGAUGAGCCAAUGAGAUGUUGUUUCCUACGGAAAUAUUAUUCAGCCGUGAGGACAGGAGCCCAGACACACACACACACACACACA